AUGUCUAAGGCGGCGAAAAUAACAUUUUUUACAACAGCCACUUUAGCGUUGGGUACAGUUGGAGGAGUUCAUUAUAUUCAAAAUCAAGAAAAAGAAAAAUUGUAUGCUGGUGUACUUCGAGACGAAGCACGUGAAGCUAUUCGUAAAGAGCAUCAAGAAAAACAGAUUAAUAAAGAAAAACCAGAAACCAGCUAUAAAAAGAUUGAAUUAUCAACAGCUUCUUAA